AUGUUCAGUCGCCUCGUAUCGCAGCUCAGGCAGAGCCACAGGCUGAUCGCACGCGCCAACUCAUCCAUCGCCUCGUCGACCGUAGCGGUUCCAUCAAAGACGUCCCCCCAAGCUCCCAAUUACCCGUCUACAUGGUCUACUAGUCAAAAUCCAAGACCAGCCGGAAGCUCGGGCCCACGUUUCGAGCAAACAGCUAUGGAAGUGCAGCCCAACCCACUUAGCGCAAUGGAACUCAUUGCGAAUGAGCCCAUUCGGCUCGUUCACGGCCGGAAAGCUGUAUGUGAUGGCGGUGGCGGUCCUCUGGGCCACCCUAAAAUCUACAUCAAUCUGGAUCAACCCGGUCCCAGACCAUGCGGCCCAUCGUUGUUUAGCGGGAUUCGUUUCGAACAAGCACCCCACGAUCAUUAG